CGGAAAGCCGGAUUUAUUUUGAAAGUGCCAAUGCGGAAAAAGUGCUGCAUCGCUGGUUUUUUGUUGCAGUGCGGAACAAGUCUGUGGUGAGACAUUUGUACCCUAAAAGCUCUCAGGACUCUUAUCUCCUACCUGUUUGUGCGGGUGUGCUUGUGUGAGCGCGUGUGUCGAAGAAUUCUGUGUGUGGUUGUUUGAGUGCUUGUGUGCUGUGCCUCCCUGUAGUGUGCAAUGUCUUCGGAGCUGCUGGUGGAUUUGAGUGAAGACCCUGCUACAGCCCAACUGGGCCAAUUGAAGCUGGCCACCUUAGAAGACAAACAGUUUCCGGCUGAUGAGUCAACUCUCAGCAAGUCUGACACGGACAUCUCCCAGCGUUUUGAUGCUAGUUCCCCCCACCUGCCCUGGGACCAUCCUUUUUAUGACAUUGCCCGACAUCAGAUCAUCGAAGUUGCAGGAGAUGACAACUUUGGCAGAAAAGUGAUUGUGUUUAACGCCUGCAGGAUGCCGCCCCAGCAUCAACUGGACCAUCACAGGCUUCUCAUGUACCUGAAAGGAACAUUGGAUCAGUAUGUUGAAAGUGACUACACGCUGAUCUAUUUCCAUCAUGGUCUGACCAGUGAAAAUAAGCCGUCACUCAGCUGGCUGCGAGAUGCUUACAGGGAGUUUGAUAGGAAAUAUAAGAAGAAUAUAAAGGCCUUAUACAUCGUCCAUCCCACAAUGUUCAUCAAGACCCUGUUGAUUCUCUUCAAACCAAUAAUCAGCUUUAAGUUUGGAAGAAAAAUCAACUAUGUGAGCUAUCUGAGUGAGCUGGAUGAUGUGGUCAAGUGUGAGCAGCUAAUCAUUCCAGUCCGUGUCAAAGAGUACGACAACAAGUUGAGGGCAUCUCUGAAGUCACCUUCCCAGCUUCCCCUGUCCCCUCCUCGUAGCCCACCUCUCCCCAACCAGGUCUUUGGGGUCUCCCUUGAAUUGUUAAGAAAGAGGAGUGCAGAUGGGGAACCGGUUCCUGUGGUGAUGAGAGACACGAUAAGCUUUCUGACAAAGCAAGGAUUGGAGAUUGAGGGGAUUUUCCGACGUUCAGCCAACGUGACUUUGGUGAAGGACGUCCAGCUCAGAUAUAACUCAGGAGCGGCAGUAAAUUUCCAAGAGAUGGAAGAUGUCCACUUGGCGGCAGUGAUCCUGAAGACGUUCCUGAGGGAACUUCCAGAGCCACUGCUGACUUACCAACUUUACAAUGACAUCGUCAACUUCACCUCUGUGCCCUCCGAGAGUCAGGUGACAGUCCUGAAGACGCUGGUGGAGUCGCUGCCAGAGGAGAACUAUGCUUCACUCAGAUACUUAAUCAAAUUUUUGGCACAGGUGUCAGCUAACAGUGACGUGAAUAAGAUGACCAACAGCAACCUGGCAGUCGUGUUUGGGCCUAACCUCCUUUGGGGGCGGGACAACGGCAUGUCACUCAGCGCCAUAGGACCAAUCAACAACUUCACCAGAAGCCUGUUGGACCAGCAGCACUUGGUAUUUACUUAAAUGUGUCCUGUCAGACUCUCUACUGGGGCAAUUUUGCAUUGACAGUGAGGCACAAAAUGCACAUUAAAUAUCCCUUGGAUUUUAUCUUUUGUCACCCAGAUUUGUGGUUGGACUGUUAGUAGUGUCAUUUGAAAGUGUAUCUCGAGACCCUCUUCAACAUGCAAAUGGAGCAUGUAAAAAUUACAAGUUUUGACAACAUAAUUUAAAGACCACCAAAUUUACCUUGAAUUGUUGCAGUUUACCUAAAGAAAUACCAGCCACAGCCGUCCGUCACUUGUGUGGAGUUGUUAAAUGGAAACAAACAUCAGAAACGUAGUUGUUCCAUUUUUCUGUGUUUUAUUGUUUUUGGUCACUGGUGUUUCUCUAUCGUGCAAAAAAAACCCUGAUUGAGUGAAAUACACUUUAAUAAGUGAAGUUUUGUGUGAAAAGCCUCAGGUUCAUUUCAAUUAACAGCUCCAAAUGUGGGCAAUCCUUAGAAAUGCUGUAUUGAAAAAGGCAAGAUAAGAUUACAGUGGAGCCGGUUUAAGUUCACCAACUUAAGUCCUGGUCCACUGCUAUUUUCACAAAAAAGUGCCCACUUGAGUCAAUGUUGACAUGCAUGGUUGAUUUGAGACACAUAAGGAUCAUUUCUAUUAAUAACGUCUCUAUAUAAGUCGACAUGCUAUUGUUAAUUUCCUCAUUUUCGCUGGUGUGUUUUUGCAAAGGUAGAUUUGUAAUUACGUGCAAAUCAAUAAAAUAAAAUGGAAAACAGGAACUGCCAUUUACACAUGAAGUUUCACCGUAGGACCCUAAGUCCUUUCUUUAGUUGUGCAACAAAUUGCACUGAUUCAAAUAUUGCAAGAAUGAGGGAAAAGUAUUCUGCCAUCGAUCCAAAAAUCAAUUAUCUUUGUGUCUCUGGUAAAAAUCCUAAUUAAUGUGUUAGCAAAAGCCAUUUUCGGUAAUUUCAACAGUUGAUGUCAACGUAAGUCAGCCAAUCAGAGGGAUUUCGACUUAAAAACAGUUUUCACUGUGCUUUGGGACGCUAUAGUACCAUAUCGUAAUAGUUUAUGCAUGCAUGUGUUUUCCCAACAUGACCCUUACUAAAUAUUUGUAGAGUUGGAUUGUGUGAUCGUGUGUGGAUUUAUGUUGUACUUCUACUUUCCUUGAUGUUGUUCACGGUGUGCCAUUAACGGAGGUACAGUAGUCCAAAUGUAGUGGUGUCCUCUGGUCCGUCAGGGAUAAAAAGAUUGGUUCAAAUUACUUUUUGCCUUUUACCUACGCUCAUUUGAAAAUAUGCUGCCUUUUAACAGGCGUGACCUUGUCAAAAGGUAUCAGGAGCUUUUAUCUGCAGCUUUUGGUUUUAAAUGCUGUUAAUCGUAACUAUAGGGAAAACGUUUCUGCCUGAAUUCCAUCCUCUUACAACAACUUGCACAAUUAAAGUUUGGUAAAGGUAAUGACUUAGCAAAGUUAGAAAGAAGUCCAUUAUGUUUACACUUCCACACUUCACAAUGACCGAACAAGAGCAGGAAGAAGCACUUCUUGUUUAAUUCAAUACCAAAUUUGUAUUUUACCAAAAACAAUCCUGCGUAAUAGCAUCCAUGUGCUCCUAAAAAGAUGCACACAUAUCAGAGGUGUGGUGCCAUAGGAAGAAGUUACUAAUACAUCAAAUAGCUUGAUAUGUUACUAUAAAAUUCUGUGGUGUAUAGUUUGAACAUGUUGUGCUAACCGAUGUGUUAAUCUUGGAAACACCCUCGAAUUUAUUGUUUUACUUUAGAAUGGAGUAAAUGUUAAAUAUUACAGUGCUAUAUAUAAUUCCUAAAAGGGGGGGGCGCAACUAUAUAUUGUGUAUUUACCUCAAUUCUGCCUGAUGCUGUAUGAGGAGCUUGUAACUUCAAGUUGUUGUUCUAGUUACGUCCAUGCAGCUGGUGUGUGACUUAAUUGAUGUAAAAGAAACACUCAAAAUAUACCUAGGGCUACCUUGUAAAAAAAAUCCAACAAUUCCUGUCAGUGAAAAAGAGAAGUGCCAUUCUUGACGUUUUCUCACUUGCUGACUAAUCACAUCUUUGUAUGAUCUACUGAUCUCUGUACUGUAAUUUGUUGUCCUGGUGACAGUGAAGUAUGUUUUCUCUCUGGGAGAAAUGUUUUCUUUUCAGGCGGAUUUCUUGACACACAGUGGUCUUAUUUUACAAAUUUAAUUUUUCAUCCUUGGGGUAUUUUGUCUUGUAUAUGUAUGAUUAUCAAAUAAUGUAAUAUAAUUUUGGCCAAAUAAAGAAUCUUAAAUA